AUUUCAGAUGUUCCAUGGAUUUUGGUGGUACACAAGAACUAACUGAUGACCAGUUGUUACAGCAGUUGCGAGAAUUCGGAGACACAAAUUACAAGGCAGUGACAGCAAAGAACCGGCAGAUUUUGGAGAAGAAAUUAAACCAUCACUUAGCGAGACAAUUCAAAAAAGAGAAAGAAGCUAAUGCCAAAACAAACAAAGCAUCAAAAUCCCCAAAAAGAGGACGGCCACCGGCUAGAAGCUCGUUCGCUAACAUCGCAAUAUCUAAAGCUCCAGAGUUUUCGGAUUCCGACAUUGAUCGGAGCCCAUCACGAUCUCGGCGUAGCUCGAGGCGUCAACUCCAAACAGUCGAAACAAACACAAGUUAUAAUUUGGACGAAACGGCAGAGCCUCUCUUGGCGCCUUAUUCCUCGGCUGCAGCUACAAGUAGUGAGCAUAACCGAAGUCGAAGGUCAUUCGGAGCGAACACGAGUUACCACUUGGACGAAACAGCGUUCGAAGAACCCUCCGAAGAGUCGCAGACGAGUUCGGAGGGUGUCCCGUUGUACCCGAGCUCUGUCGGAAGAGCAAGUCCGCGUGCUUCGACAACAAGUCGGCAAAUAGAGAUCAAUCGACAACCACGAGAUUCUCUUGCAGAAGCACAAACUAAACAUCUGAAUGUCAGACAGCGGAGAAUUUAUUCAGCUCAGAAUAAUGUACCAGUGCCCUCUGGAUACGCAAAUCAAUCAUACAUCAAUGAUGUGAAUUGUCACCCAAGGCGAAGUACAGUGAUCUCAGCUGAAUCUCCGAGACAUCAGGGACGGAAUCAGACCUCGCGACACCAUCAAGAAACCUCGUCUCUCACAAGUAUCUUAUCAAAAACCAAAACUCAACCUCAGAAACCAGUUCAGAACCAGGUCUCUUCAGCGAAGAAAAGUCAUGCCAAAAGUCGAGGGUUUUUUACGUGGUCGCGUGUGUUGAAUAUGUUUUGCAUUGUGUUGAUUUUAGUGUUUGUAAGCGGUGUUGUUUAUUUCAAUCGACCGUGCGUUGGCGAGCAUUGCGCCACGUUUACCAAAGUGGAAGACAGACUGAAAACUAUAGCGAAAAUGGCUGCAGUUGUUAAUGGAAACUUCCAAUGUGGAUACAACAACAGCCCAUUUUUGAGAAUCAUAGACAUGACUUUCGAUCCAGAUCCGAUUUCGGUGUUAAAGUUUGGCCUCGAAAAAGAAAAGGACAAGCUGACGUUCAAAAUCUUAGACGAUUCAGAGGACUUAAUUGAAAAUUCGGAAGAAUUGAGAAGAGCUUCAAAAGUGCAAAGUUCGGUUCCGGUCAAGUCCCUUUCAUGCCGUGUGCGUCAGUCUUUUGCAGCUGUGACGUCAGCUUUGAUGUAUCUGCUUCUUGGUAUUUUCGGACUCAUUGGGCUGCUGAUUACGGUAAAAGUGUACUUGAAUGAAAGCCAGAAAGAGUCGAAGAUUAUUGAUGAGUUGGUGAAUGGAAUCCUGGAUAUUGUCAAAGCUCAAGCCCAAAAGAACCCGCCCUACAUCCCAAUCGCCCACGUCAGAGACAGUCUCCUCUCUUCUUCCUCCUCAAACCACAGCAUGAAACUGACACCUCUCUCCCCCACAAGAUCUGCUGGAGUUAGUAUGGGUCAAAUAGGGGGGAGGGGUCUUAGGAGGUGGGAGAGGGCGGUGAUCCAGCUGGGGAAGAGGGAGAGUCGCCUGAGGACUGAAAACCAGAUCAUAAAGGGGGAGGAGCACUUGGUGUGGCGGUGGGUGGCCAUGGGGGAAGGGGGGCUGACGUCAUACCACAGUACUAGCAAACAGAGGAGCUUCAAGGCCAAAUGCAUCGACCGUUCCCGGUCCCCAAGUGCAGAAAGAAUCACACAGACAUCAUCUGCAACAACCACUGGCACAUCUAACUCGGAGCCAGAGUCAAUUGACCCGGGCAGUCGUGCUGGAAUCCUUCGCGACUCACCUGUUCGCCAUACAGCCAGACCUCUAUCUAGAGAUACACACAAUGGAUCUGGGUCAUCUCUUGAAAGUCAAGGUCGUGCCCGGUCCAGGUCUGAUUCCCGUGGUCGGAAGUCUAUCAGACUGGGUCCAGGAUCGGGAUGGUCGAACUACGAACGCUCCUGCAUUGAGAUCAUUCCGCCUACCAACUGCUUAAAACUGAAAGACUUGGCAAUUGAGAGCACUGGAAACGUCGGCUUGGAAUCCGCAAAGCAAAGUGUAAUUGAGAGAAUCCAGCGUCACAAUUUCCAAGUGUACAGUGUAGAUUGUGACCAUAGAAGCGAGGAGUUGGCUGUCUAUAUCUGCUGCAAGGAUAAACCACAAGCUGCAGAUAUUUACAGACUGUUUUACGAACAGAAGUACAACGGAGAGAAGGUUCAAGUUAAGUUUCUCAGUGUGGACAAGUAUUUGGUGCGAUUUCCUUAUUUGAAGCCAGUUGUUAUGGACAAAGUGUGAUCUGGUUCAAUUAAUGAAAUCAAAGGAGAUUGUUCUAAAAAACGGGCAACCAGAUUUCAAAAUCGAUCGAACAAUAAAUCAAAACUGAAAUCUUGAUUGUAUAAUAAAUUUCAAAAACUAUAAACUGAAAAGUUUCGUCUGUUUUUGACGAAUCGAAUUAGUUCAUCAAAAUCUUUGGAAAGAGUUUGCUGAACAUUUAUUUUGUAACGUGUUGUUUUGUCAUUCCGAUUAUCGUGUUUAAAAUCACACUGUUUGCGGAUUAGUUUUUUGUUGAAAAAUAUCUGCUUUACAAGUUGAUGAGAUAUUGUGCCUUUGAUUUGUGU